GUACCUCACGUUACUUCAGUGUGCAGGGUAGGAGGGAACAGGACCCAUAUGUCAGUGGUCUAGGAUGGCCAGUGAAGGCUCCAACAUCCCAAGUCCUGUGGUUCGUCAGAUUGACAAGCAGUUUCUGAUUUGCAGCAUAUGCCUGGACCGUUACAAGAACCCCAAAGUACUUCCCUGCCUACACACUUUCUGUGAGAGGUGCUUACAGAAUUACAUUCCAGCCCAUAGCUUAACCCUUUCUUGCCCCGUGUGCCGUCAGACCUCCAUUCUGCCAGAGAAAGGGGUUUCUGCACUCCAGAACAACUUCUUUAUCACCAACCUGAUGGAUGUCCUGCAACGAACGCCAGACAACAGCAUUGAAGAGUCCUCCAUCUUGGAGACUGUCACCGCUGUUGCUGCGGGCAAACCACUUUCCUGCCCCAAUCAUGAUGGAAAUGUGAUGGAGUUUUACUGCCAGUCCUGUGAGACAGCCAUGUGCCGGGAGUGUACAGAGGGAGAACACGCAGAGCAUCCCACGGUACCGCUCAAGGAUGUGGUAGAGCAACACAAGGCUUCCCUCCAAGUCCAGUUGGAUGCUGUCAACAAAAGGCUUCCAGAGAUCGACUCAGCACUUCAUUUCAUAUCUGAAAUCAUACACCAGUUAACCAACCAAAAGGCUAGCAUUGUAGAUGACAUUCAUUCCACUUUUGAUGAACUCCAGAAGACUUUAAAUGUGCGAAAGAGCGUGUUGCUUAUGGAACUGGAAGUGAAUUAUGGCCUUAAACACAAAGUCCUCCAGACGCAGCUGGAUGCCUUACUUGAAGGACAAGAAAGCAUUAAAAGUUGCAGCAACUUUACGGCCCAAGCCCUCAACCACGGCACAGAAACCGAAGUUCUGCUGGUGAAGAAGCAAAUGAGCGACAAGCUGAAUGAACUGGCUGAGCGGGACUUCCCGUUGCAGCCACGUGAAAAUGAUCAGUUGGACUUCAUAGUGGAAACAGAAGGCCUGAAGAAGUCCAUUCACAAUCUGGGUACUAUUUUAACCACCAAUGCUGUUGCCUCUGAAACAGUUGCCACAGGUGAGGGACUGAGGCAGACAGUGAUCGGACAGCCCAUGUCCGUUACCAUCACAACUAAGGACAAAGAUGGGGAGCUCUGUAAAUCUGGGAAUGCUUACCUCACUGCUGAACUGAGCACACCUGAUGGGAGUGUAGCGGAUGGAGAAAUACUUGACAAUAAAAAUGGCACUUACGAAUUUUUGUAUACUGUUCAGAAAGAAGGAGACUUCACUUUGUCACUGAGACUUUAUGAUCAACAUAUCAAGGGCAGCCCGUUCAAACUUAAAGUGGUCAGAUCAGCAGAUGUGUCCCCUACCACUGAAGGGGUUAAGAGGCGUGUUAAAUCUCCUGGCAGUGGUCAUGUGAAGCAGAAAGCUGUGAAAAGACCUGCGAGCAUGUACAGCACCGGCAAAAGAAAAGAGAAUCCCAUUGAAGAUGAUUUGAUCUUCAGAGUAGGCACCAAAGGAAGAAACAAAGGGGAAUUUACAAAUCUUCAAGGUGUAGCUGCAUCUACAAAUGGAAAAAUAUUAAUAGCAGACAGUAACAACCAGUGUGUGCAGAUAUUUUCCAAUGACGGUCAGUUCAAAAGCCGUUUUGGCAUACGAGGAAGGUCUCCCGGCCAGUUGCAGAGGCCAACAGGAGUGGCUGUGCAUCCCAGUGGUGACAUCAUUAUUGCAGAUUAUGAUAACAAAUGGGUUAGCAUAUUCUCAUCAGAUGGAAAAUUUAAGGCCAAAAUUGGGUCUGGAAAGCUCAUGGGCCCUAAAGGUGUUUCUGUGGAUCGUAACGGACACAUCAUUGUAGUGGACAAUAAAGCAUGCUGUGUCUUCAUCUUCCAGCCGAACGGGAAAAUAGUCACCAGGUUUGGCAGUCGAGGAAAUGGUGACAAGCAGUUUGCAGGUACACUUGAUGGUCCUCAUUUUGCAGCUGUAAACAGCAACAACGAAAUUAUCGUUACAGAUUUUCAUAACCAUUCUGUCAAGGUGUUUAACCAGGAAGGAGAAUUCAUACUGAAGUUUGGAUCAAACGGAGAAGGAAAUGGACAAUUUAAUGCACCAACUGGUGUAGCUGUAGAUUCUAAUGGAAAUAUUAUCGUAGCAGAUUGGGGAAACAGCCGAAUACAGGUUUUUGAUGGAAGUGGAUCAUUUUUAUCCUACAUUAACACCUCUGCUGACCCACUUUAUGGUCCUCAAGGUCUGGCCCUUACUUCUGAUGGCCAUGUUGUAGUUGCAGACUCUGGAAAUCACUGCUUCAAGGUCUAUCGAUACUUACAGUAGCAAUGAGCUCUGGAGCUGGAUAAUCGUCCAUCCUUAAGAAAAGACUGGUCCUAGAGAUCCAAUGCAGGAUAUCUCCUACUUUGAGUUCAUUUUUAAUAAAGAAGGAGUCUCUUACGGACUUCUCGUGUUAAUUUCCAAACUUACCUUGUUUACAUAGGACUUGCACCUCUUACGUUUCUCACUGAACUUUUUGUUGCAAGGGUUAAUAACACAAAAUCUUCUUUGCCUGAAUUCAUAAAGACAAUGUGAUACUAAAUGCAAACUGCAACUUAUGAAACUGGAAUUAACUAAUUAGGCAAAAAUGAGAAAAAUUUGGGAAAAGUUCCCAAAGCUUUUUGAAGACUGCGAAGGGUAGCUCCUGCUCAGAGCUUCCAGAUUUGAAGUAGUAUCAUUGUUAUGCAUUAUUUAACCCAGAGGUGAUCCUGGGAAUCUUCUAGAUCUCAUUAUCAUGGUAGGUAUUACACUUUUAACAUUCUUCACUCUUACUAUCUAUAACAAGUAGGCCCUUUUAGUAUAAGGUUAAGUCUCACAAAAUCCGUCUAGCUCUAACCGUCAGACCUAACACAGCUCAACGUUUAGCACUAUGAGAAUCAAUGCAAAUUCCCUACUCAAGUGGGAUUAAUGAAGGAUUGUUUCAUGUGCUUGUUUUUCACUCUUCCUCUUGUUCAAUGUGCUGGAAGGACUUUGCAGAGACCUGACAUUCCUAAAGCUCUGGAAGAACUUAACUGUAGUGAUACAUUAGUGAGAGCUGAGUUUCUGUAUAACGACAGACCUUUUGACACCAAACUAGUUCAUUAGGAUCAGGGUUAUUACAAUGUCAACUCAAUUAACCUCAUGUGUGCCACUCUUCCGUAUGUGUUCAUUGCCAUGUUUCCUUAAGGCAACUCAUUGUAUUAACCAAUAAAAAAACCCACAGCAUCGCACAGGAUAGAAAGCCAGAGAGGUACCCCUAUGGAGGACCUACAUUAUACAACCAAAGGAGGUUGUAUAGGAAAGCCAAGGGUUACCAAAGUGAUUUGUUUUUACAUGAGAAAAAAUACAUUACAAGUAAGAAUGAAUUUGAAUCAAUUCCUGAAGUCCUUCAUCAAAGGGAAUUUUGUUAGAGGACAAAAUAAGGACUGUGAGAUUUGUUCUGAUUUGUUUGUAUGUAUGUAUGUAUGUAUGACUGACUGACACAAAAAUAAAGUAAAUGUAGGUUAUUUCAGCAAACUGGAACGUAUGUAUGCCAUUUGACAAUGGCAGUACUCUGAAAAAAGUCCCUCCUUCUUCCUGCCGCAUCUCUCUACUGUGUUCUUUAUUGAAGUAUUAAUUUAAUGGGAAAUGCUUACAAUCAUCUGACUUGGUUCUGUUUGUAAUUUUUUUUAAAUGUGAACUUGUCUUUUUUAAAGUAGCAUUGGCUUUAUUCUUAUUUCUAAAUCCAGUGGUCAAAGGAUGAAUUGCUACCGUAGCCUAAUAUAGAUAGAGUGGUGCUCACCCUUAAACCUCAUUUGAGGAGCUGGUGAGCUUGCUGCCAAUGCCUACAAUAGCCUGGGAAGUACUGUCUGUCUGUGCUCAUUUUUAGGGCCUUGAAACAAAAGGACAUUGGGUCAGGAACAAGGGAGUAUUUUAAGCAUGUUUGCAAAAUGGAAAGAAAUCUUUGUUAAGUUACUUAUUAUAAGUAUUUGUCUUAUUUCUAAAAGGUUAAAGUUGUUGUUUCAAUGAAUUUGAGAAAAACUAAUGGUUUUUUUGUAAAGACGCAUUUGACUUGUAAAAACGCAGACCCCAAGGUUCUUAAAUGUGGAGUUUGUCUGUUUUUAAUUACUGUUUCUUAAAGAUAUUUCCUCUUCUUUCCCUUGUUUAUUUUUUGCACAUAGAGCCAAUGUACAAAAUCUCGUGUAAAGAUAAGUUUCCUUAUUUCAUUGGAAUAAAUAUUUUGUGUAUAAGGCUUAAGGUUUGGACUAUAUAAUGCAGCUAAGAAACUGGUGGUAACAUUUUUUAAAUGUUAGAACUCGAGUUUGUUAUUACCAAGAGAAGAAAAUAUCCUCUGCUUGAACUGAGUUUGUCCUAAAAUUCUGAAGGUGAUAUCUCAGUCAUUACACAAUAAACUGGCCUAUCAAAAUUUAACAAAGUUGUAGAUCAAAUUUUCUGAUGAUCAAGUAAUUUCAUUCUAAGUGUCCUUAUAAGCAACCUUCUGGCAAACAAACAAUUUCUGACAUUGGAAUGCCCUUAAAUGGCGAAUUUAUCAAUGAAGGAAAGGUAUGUAGCAUUUUAACUGUAUUUAUUAACAAAGAGAAGAGGUUGCACAGGUUCUUUAAGAUAAAAAGAAAAUGCAAAAUGUGCUGUUGCUGUCAGUUACGGAUAAUAUUAAUCAAAUCUAGUUCCAAAUUUGGAUUUUUAUAAUAACAUUUUACUAAACUUGCAUGGUUUCCACUCAGGAAACAUUCACAGAAUCAUUAAGGUUGGAAAAGACCUGUAAGAUCAUCAAGUCCAACCAUCAACCCAACACCACCACACCCACUAAACCAUGUCCCAAAGUGCCACGUUUACAUGUUUUUUGAACACUUCCAGUGAUGGUGACUCCACCAAUUCCCUGGGCAGCCUGUUCCAACGUUGAUUGCCAAAUCCUCUGUUGCCAGGAACUCUGAGAAGCACAGAAAUCAGACCCUAACCUAUAUAUCAAAACAUAUACUUAAGACUGUACUAUUCCAUAUAUACACUUUUCUUCAAAAGAUUUUCAGUCCCUUUGACUCAGUAUUGUUUACCAGGAUUUUAUAAAACCUAUAUCAACCCAGUGCAUCCUGAUGAACUAUGAAAUUCUGCACACAACCCCCUUACAACCCGUCUAAGAGCUAUUAGGGGUGAUGUGGAUUUUUUCUUAAGACUGAAUGAUCUUUUGGGUUUUCAGACAUUAUCAUCAGAGCAGCACUUACCGCACCUAAAAAAUGUCACUAAUUUGGUGUUCCUUCUGAUAGUAAAUGCUGCCAACUACAAUUUCAAAUUCAGUGGCAUAGGGCAUUCCCUUCCAAGGUCUGACCUUAUCUGCCUGGCACCAGGAAACUGAGAAACACAUUGCUUUUACGGUGUGCUUCUGAAGCCAACUUAGCUAAAAUGCCUGGCUUACAAACCUUACAAAGAGCAACCAAAGCAGAAAUUCUGUGCUAAAAAACUGGCAGAUUUUUUUCUCAUCCAAUUAAGCGAACGUCAAAAUUGCACUACUUGAUUUGCUGAGUUGUUAGCAUUUAUUAAAGUCUUUAUAGGUGUUCUGCUGCCAGAUUUCAGGUAUAACCAAAUGUUCUCUUGACUUCCCUGGAAUGCUAAUUGACUAGCAGCACAGCAUGAAUGCUUGAAAGUAUGUGCUUCAUUUAACUAAUCUUCAACGCAAAAGUAAUCUCAAAAGGUUAUCAGAUCUUGUGUAAUUUGGAGCAUUUUAGGACAAACUAGCCAACUGUAUUUUCAUUGUUUUUUGAAUAGAAUAAAAGGAUCUGUUCAGAUAAAUCCAAUAUAAACAGUAGGGGAUUUUUACAUAGGCUAAACCAGCAGCAAUGUAGCUGAAAAAGAAAAGGAAAAUGGUUUAGGCAAGCAUUUGUCUAAUGUAGAUGGAGAGUUAUUUAGUAGUAAAUGCUUUUCUGUUCUGUAAAAGCUAGAGGGCUUUCGAUUUUAUGUCAAUAUUUUAUAUAACUAAGGAUCUGGUGUUGCCAUAAUGAGAACUAUAAGUGCCCAAUAUGUUGUGUUUAUUAUAAAGAAAUGACUUUCGGUUGUAGGUGACAGCUAGUUAUGAAACCAUGUGAAAAUUUUCUUCAAGAAUUGUGAGCACUGAUUGUUUUGGCCUGUUGGUGGAGAGUGCGCGAAAGGUAUUUGUGCUACGGAGUAGGAAGAUUCCGAAUGGGUUGUGUUAUUUCUGAUGAAUGUACAGCACUUCAGUUGAUGUUUGUGAGCAACACGGCCUUAACCCUGACACUUUUGCUCUGGCUUUAUGACAUGGGAAUGUUCCCUAAGCUGCAUAGUGUAUAGCAGUAGCCCCUGUUAGAAAUCUCUACCAGUUGAUACGCUGCAGCUUCCCAGUUCUUUUUUCUUUAUCUUUUUUAAAUGUUUUUGUACAUUCCAUCUUUGUAAGUCAAUCUCAUAUGUUUUGUGUACGUGUAAGCCUUGCACUCUCUUGACGCUCAUAAUGAAAUAUUCUUCUCACUUGUUUUUUUUUGUUGUUGUUGUUUUUGGGUUUUUUUUAAAUCCCUGUGAGGCUAAAUACAAACUUCGUCUCCUUAAGGUCAAGGAUGAAAGAUGCGCAUCAAAGUGUUUGUGUGUGUGUGUGUGUAGUUUUAGCUUCCUGUGUGCCACGGUAUUCUUGAUGCUUCAGCCGAUGAUUAAAAAAAAAAAUUACUCUGUCUUGGAAAUGUAGGAAAACCAGAACCAAAUGUGUACCUUUACCACGCACAAAAAU